GAACUCAAGGAAAUCCUGCUGAAGCAGGUGACGUCCCCCGUCAUGUGGGAGACGCAGGCGAAGGCCCUGAUCGCAGCGGGCUUCGAGACGGGGUAUGAGCUAGGCCCUGGCAAGGUCAUCGCUGGUAUCAUGAAGCGCAUCGACAAGGACGACGCCGCCGGCAAGAUCACGAACAUCACGGCCUGA